AUGGCACUUGUCGAUUACACUGCCGCUGAAAAGGAAUUGUACGAGUUUGAUGACCUCAAAAUCGGUGUCAAAGGCCUCGUGGACGCUGGGUUGACCCACAUUCCCAGGUUCUUCAUCCACCCACUGGAGUGUCGUGGAAACAGCUCAUCAGCUCCGCAAAACAAUGGCGCUGAUGGAGUUGAAAUCCCGGUCAUCGAUCUCGAAGGAUUUAAUGACAACGACGACCGGCGAGUAAAGAUGGUCAAUGCCAUUAGAUAUGCAUGCGCAACCUGGGGUUUCUUUCAGAUAGUUAACCAUGGAGUUCCAGUUGCUGUAAUGGAGGAGAUGGUGGAAAGUAUAAGAAGGUUCCAUGAGCAGCCCCAGGAGGCCAAGAUGGAGUGGUACUCACGUGACUUUAGUCGCAAGGUGAAUUAUUAUAGCAGUGGAGAUAUCAAGGGGCGUGCAAAACCAGUACCAGCUGAAUGGAGGGACACGUUGUCCUGCAGAGCUGCAGAUGAUCAGUGGGAUUUUGAUGCACUUCCUGAACUGUGCAGAAGCGAAAUGAAGGAGUAUAUGAAAAACAUGAUUGACCUGCAAGAAAAGCUAUCUGAAUUAAUGUCAGAAGCGUUGGGACUCAAUAAGGAUCACCUAUCCAGCACCGGGUACUUGAAGUCUAUCAAGUUAUCGGGUCACUAUUACCCGGCUUGCCCUGAGCCCGAUUUGACUCUAGGCACAAUCAAACACUCGGACCCCUCUCUCCUCACCUUAGUCCUACAAGACAAGAACAAUGGCCUGCAAGUUCUCCAUAAUGAUCAAUGGGUUGAUGUUCCAGCGGUGGAAGGAGCUUUUGUUGCGAACAUUGGUGACUUUAUGCAGUUGCUUAGUAAUGACAAGUUCAAGAGCGUGGAGCACAGAGUACUGGCUACCCCGUUUGGCAAGCCAAGAAUAUCAGCUGUAUCUUUUUUCCUUCCUUGUGCUAAGGACAUACAUAAGCCAUGCGGACCAAUCAAGGAGCUUUUGUCCGAUAACAGUCCCCCCAUAUACAGGAUCACCUCUUAUGCUGAGUUUAUGAGCCAUUACAGAGUUGUUGGGCAAAUUGGCGGUCGUGCCUUGCCUCACUUUAAACUGUAGCUGGUGAGCCUAGCUAAAUCCUAAGCAUGGGUCCGAUUAUGUUACGUUCAUGUAUACAGUAUUUUUACAUAAAAAUAUCAUACUUUUUGGGUCAUUUUGGCGCAUUAAGUGGUAUAUUUAGCUCAUUGAGUGGUGUAAUACCACUUAAAAGGGUCAAAUGUAGUACGAAAUAGGCCAUGAUAACCUAACGAGUAUUAAAUUUUUUAUGUGUUUGUACUGAAUACGUGAGUGUGAAUGUACCAAAAAGAAUCGUAGCUCUUCAAAAGUACUAUUUUUGUAAUUGUA